AUGGACUCUGCAUCAAGUACCGGUGUGAAUUUAGCCUCUGAUAUACGGCGCCGAAAUGUCCCGCAUACUGAGGGGCCUAGAAAGAAACCCGAUGGCACGGAGGAGAGCAAGCCUAAAUCCAAUUCACCAGUUUCCAUCCUAGAUAAUUGGGAACCCCUGAUAAUGCCCAUUCUGUUGACGGCUGUAGCUAUCUUCACUCGCAUGUACCGGAUUGGUCGCUCGAAUAUCGUGACUUGGGAUGAAGCGCAGUUUAGCUUUGGCAAGUUUGGGUCACAUUACUUGAAACGUGAGUUCUACUUCGACGUACACCCGCCGCUGGGGAAAAUGCUUGUCGGCUUGUCGGGUUAUCUUGCCGGUUACAAUGGGUCAUUCGAGUUCAAAUCCGGUGAUAAAUAUCCGGAAGAAGUCAAUUAUACUUUUAUGCGCGUCUUUAACGCUGCAUUCGGCGUCGCGUGCGUGCCACUUGCUUAUUAUACAGCACGAGAACUUGGCUUUCGCAGAGCUACUAUCUGGCUCGUGAGUUUGAUGGUGCUCCUUGAUAACUCAUACGCAACCAUCUCAAGGUUUAUAUUACUGGAUUCCAUGCUGCUCUGUUUCACGUUCACUACCACCUUCUGCUGGGCAAAGUUUCACCGACUACAACAUGCGAGUUUCUCUAUUGAGUGGUUUGCCUGGCUAUUCCUGACCGGGAUAAGCAUUGGCUGUGUGUGCAGUGUGAAGUGGGUAGGCUUCUUUUGCACAGCGCUUGUAGGCCUCUAUACGAUCGAGGAUCUAUGGAACAAAUUUGGCGAUCUAAAGAUGUCAGAGGUCGUCCUUGCCAAGCAUCUCAUGGCUCGUGUGGUGGGGCUGAUCAUUAUACCCGUUUUGGUUUAUGUAUUUUCAUUCUACCUGCAUUUCUUGGUUCUGGAAAAUAGUGGACCGGGCGACGCCCAAAUGAGUUCACUUUUCCAGGCUAAUCUGAGAGGAACUGAGGUCGGGAAAGAUAGCCCCCUGGAAAUUGCUCUUGGUUCUAGAGUCACACUGAAGAACAUGGGUUACGGCGGUGGGCUUCUCCAUUCGCAUAUCCAGACAUACCCUGAGGGGUCCACCCAGCAACAGGUUACCUGUUAUCACCACAAGGACGCCAACAACGACUGGUUCAUCUACCCAAGCCGCCGCGAGCCAGAGUAUGAUCCGAGUGCGCCUCUAAAGUUUGUAGGUGAUGGUGAUGUCAUUCGUCUUAUUCAUGGACAGACAGGCCGAAAUUUGCACUCUCAUGUUAUUUCUGCACCAAUUACCAAGUCACACUACGAAGUCUCAUGCUAUGGCAAUAUCACUAUCGGUGAUGAUAAAGAUCAUUGGUUGGUUGAGGUUGUUGAUGAUGUUGCAUCGAAGGAUAGAAGUAAAAUCAGGACUCUUACCACUGCUUUUCGCUUGCGACAUCCUGUCCUGGGUUGUUAUUUACGAGCAGGCAACGUUAAUCUCCCCCAAUGGGGCUUCAAACAGAUUGAAACCACAUGCGUGAAGGAGAACAAACCGAGCGAUGUUUACACACACUGGAAUGUCGAGUCUCAUGCUAACGAUCGGCUUCCACCGGGUGAUCCGGGAUCCUAUAAGUCGCCUUUCAUGAAAGACUUCAUCCAUUUGAAUGUUGCUAUGAUGACAUCCAACAAUGCGUUGGUUCCCGACCCAGAUAAGCAAGAUGAUCUCGCCUCAAAAUUUUGGCAGUGGCCUAUACUUAAUGUUGGGCUCCGGAUGUGCUCCUGGGACGACAAUACGAUCAAAUACUAUCUCCUUGGCAACCCAUUCGUUUACUGGGGAAGUACAAUUAGCCUUGGAGUCUUUGGGCUCUUGGUAUUAUGGUAUCUCGUGCGCUGGCAGCGAGGCUACAAUGAGCUUUCCCAGGCAGAUAUUAACCAUAUCCAUUAUUCUGGCUUGUACCCAGUCAUUGGAUGGAUUCUGCAUUAUCUGCCUUUUAUUGUCAUGGGAAGAGUGACGUAUGUUCAUCAUUACUACCCAGCACUGUACUACGCCAUUCUUACCUUUGGCUUCUGUGUUGACUGGCUCACGCAAACAAUGAAUGUUAAAUCCAGCUGGAUGAUCUAUUCUUUACUUUAUGCUAUCAUAGUUGGAAUGUUCGUGCACUUCCGCGUGAUUGUGUUUGGCAUUGAAGGUUCAAGUCAACAGUGGGGUCAUUUGGACUGGCUGAGCGGCUGGCGCAUCGCCAAUUAA